AUGAGAUCUAUCGUUGCUCGCCAAAUUUUCGACAGUCGUGGUAACCCCACUGUCGAAGUUGAUCUGACAAGCAAUAAGGGAUUUUUCCGUGCAGCUGUGCCUAGUGGCGCCUCCACUGGCAUUCACGAGGCGCUGGAAUUGCGAGAUGGUGACAAGUCUGCCUACCGUGGUCUUGGCGUUUCCAAGGCCGUGGACAACAUCAAUCGCAUAAUCGGUCCUGCUCUCUGUCAACGAAAUUUCGCUAUGGCAAAUCAAGAGGAAAUUGAUAUGUUCUUGGUAAAAGAGCUCGACGGUACGGAGAAUAAGAGUAAACUUGGAGCCAACGCAAUUCUAGGCGUCUCCUUGGCGGUUGCUAAGGCGGGAGCUGCUGAAAAGAAUGUGCCACUCUACCGUCACUUUGCAGACCUUGCUGGAAAUCGUGAUAUUAUCCUCCCUGUGCCCUCAUUCAACGUACUCAAUGGAGGCAGUCAUGCUGGAAACAAGCUGGCCGUCCAGGAAUUUAUGAUUAUGCCGACAGGAGCGACUUCAUUCAAAGAAGCCAUGAAAAUGGGAAGCGAGACAUACCACGCUCUAAGAGCAGUGAUUAAGAAUAAGUAUGGGCUGGACGCUUGCAACGUUGGUGAUGAAGGUGGCCUUGCGCCCACUAUUCAGGACAAUUUUGAAGCACUGGAGCUUUUAACAGAGGCGAUUGAGUCGGCAGGAUAUACUGGUAAGAUCAAGAUUUGCAUGGAUGUAGCGGCGUCGGAGUUUUACAAAGACGGUCUAUAUGAUCUGGACUUCAAGAACCCUGAAUCUAAGAAGGAGGACUGGAUUUCAUCUGAAAAGAUGAUUGAUAUGUUAAACUCAAUGGUCGACAAGUAUCCCGUUGUCAGCAUUGAAGAUCCUUUUGAUCAGGAUGACUGGAAUGCAUGGAUCAACUACACAAGCGAAGCGGGCAUUCAGAUAGUCGGUGACGACCUAACUGUCACCAAUCCGGUUCGCGUGCAAAAGGCCAUUGACACAAAAGCCUGUAACGCACUUCUACUAAAGGUGAACCAAAUCGGCACUGUGACUGAGGCCAUUAGAGCCUGUAACAUGGCCAGGCAAGCGGGCUGGGGAGUUAUGGUGUCACACAGAUCGGGUGAGACGGAAGAUUGCACGAUAGCGGACCUGGUCGUGGGACUGAGAACGGGUCAGAUAAAGACAGGGGCGCCCUGUCGCUCCGAGCGACUGGCAAAGUACAACCAGCUGUUGAGGAUUGAAGAGGAACUCGGUUUGGCAGCCACAUUUGCUGGCGAAAACUUCCGCCAUCCCUAG